AUGGCCACCCGCCUACCGCCUCUCAACAAUGUGGCUCGAUCGCCAGCCGUCGAGGAAACAUCGCCGUCCUCCACAUCCUCCUUGGUGCCUGGACACCCGGUCACAUCGAUUGCUGCAACUUUCGACUCCAGUUCAGUCGUGAAAGUAGAGGACUCUCCCACUCCAUCCGCUCUGGCAUCCGCCGAUGCUGAAACGCCCGUGCCUGAUGCCGGAGGCGCGGCGACAGCGGUUGCGGGCCGGAAACGCAAGCUCAACAGCAAUUCCGCCCGUGGUGUCGCCAACCUUACCCCGGAACAACUAGCAAAGAAGCGAGCCAAUGAUCGCCAGGCCCAGCGCGCCAUUCGUGAGCGCACGAAGGCUCAUAUUGACUUGCUCGAACAGCAAGUCCGCGAUCUUUCGUCGCAGAAACCGUACCUGGAUCUUCAGGCUGCUCUCAAGCAGAAUGAAGCCGUUCAGAUGGAAAAUAGAGAACUCAAGCACGGGCUGAAAACAGUUCUGGAGAUUAUACAGCCCCUGUUACGUGAUCAGGCAAAUCCUGACCUUUUAGCGUCGGCAGCGGCACCAGCGAGCACUAAACCCACGCCUUCAAUAUCUGUGACGUCGUGUUUCUCAGACAAUAGCCAUCACCCUUCUAUUACCCGGCCUUCGGUCUCGGCUGGUUCCUCCUAUGCGAAACCUGCAAGCACGCAACCUUCUGCACCAUCAAAUCUUACGUUCUCCCCUGCUGCUGCUCGACGGGAUAUUACAGCCGCUGGUUCGGCUUCGUUUCGCAUCGCUUUCGAUUACCAGCGUCAUAAUCUUGCUCAUGGCCUCGAUUUUGGCGGAACGGACGAGCGGAUGGGGUUUAAUUUUCUGCUCGAUACAUCGCAGCAGGUACCCAAGGUCGAAGGGUUUCGUCGUUGUUCCGAGGCAACCAGACCACCACCCCCUACUAACACGGCCUCGACUUAUCCAGCACCUUUACCUGCAGGUGCAACGACAGAACAGUCUCUGUCCUUACCUGCGCACCUGACACCAAUCCGAAAUAUCGCGCCGACUUGUACACUAGAUGCUAUUCUCAUGGACUUCUUGCAUCACCGACAGCAAGAAACAGCGAAGGGUGUACCAAAACAGAAUCUUGUUGGGCCGUCAUAUCCUAGCGUGUCGUCACUGCUUAAUCCGGAGAGGAGCGUAUACUCUCAUCCUUUAUCGAAAGUCUUUACCGACAUCCUGCGGACGUUUCCCGAUAUAGCGACGCUGCCGGAGCAAGUCUGUGUUCUCCUUUCAAUGUUUCUCUUAAUGCGAUGGCAGAUAUAUCCAACACGAGAGAAUUACGAGCGACUGCCUGAGUGGCUGACUCCUCGGCCGUCGCAGCUACUCACCCCGCACCCGGUUUGGAUUGACUAUUUGCCUUGGCCGCGCAUGCGAGAUCGCCUGGUAAUGUCAUAUCAAGACUAUCCGUUCGAGAAUUGGUUCAUACCAUUUACACGUACUUUGUCAGUCAAUUGGCCGUAUGAGGCAACAGACUGUCUGCUAUCUACUGGUGAUGGUGAUGAUUUGAUCAUUAACCCUGUCUUUGAGAGACAUAUGAGAAACCUUAGCAAUUGGUCCCUUGGGCCGGCGUUUGCGGAGGCGUAUCCUUCACUGAUCGAUACCGUAAAAAUCAAAUGA